UCGUUUGAUUAAAUAUAUAAAUGUUUCAUAUAUUUAUAAAUUACUGACGAUACAAUAGUUAAAUUAGAAAAAUUGAAAGAUAAAAGUGAAUAACUGUGUUCAAGUAAACUGCAGUUUUAAUUUAUCUUUCCAACUUCUUAAUUCAAACAAAAGCAUUAAUAAAAUGUCUCCAACGAAAUUAAUUAGAAAUAACAGAAAUGAAUUUGAAUAUCCAAAUGCGAAAAAAAGAAAAAUUAAUAUUCAUGACGACAGAACUAUUAAUGGUUCGAUAGAAAAGUUAGAAAGUAAUGAUACUACCGACUUACAUAUAUUUGAUUCAUUUUUUUUGAAUGAUUUUAAUGAAAUAAAUUCGUCUAAGCAGCCUGGAAUAUUAAUGGAGAAAGACAUAAUAGUAAAAAAAGAAAUAUUAGAUUCUAUUACUAUUAAAAACGAAAAUAAACAAAUCGAUUCAAUUGAAAGUAUACAUGAACGAUCCAAAGAUCAAUGUGAGAUAUCUGAAAAAAUCAUUAAACCUAAAUGUAAAAUGACUACUGCUAUAAAAUCUAAACGAAAUAAAAGGGUUGAAGACAGUGAUGUUUUAAUCGAACAAGAAAAUAUUAUGGAAGAAUUAAAAGAUAUAGAAGAAAGUGAACAAAUAUCAGAUAAUGAUAGGGAGAAAUUAGAAAAUUUACAUAUUAAAUUGAUACACGAAAUACCACCCCAACAUACAAUUGAAAGUAAUGCUGGAUGUCGUGGACUCAAGGAUCAUGAAAAAAAAUUAUUUGAAAAGUAUGGACCGCUUCGUAAAGGUACUUACUCCUUGCAAGAAGAUGAAAUUAUCAAAAAAAAUUGGAAAAUAUUUUGUAAACUUCACAACUGGAAGAUAGAUAAUGUAAAACCAUUCUUAUCAUUAAAACAUAAUGCUAAUGGAUUACCAUGGAGAACUCUGUAUAGUGUAUAUUGGCGAUUCAAACAUUUAUAUCAUAAUCAUAUUUGUCAAAGAUAUACUCCUGAAGAAGAUAAAAAGAUCAUAACUUAUGUAGAAAAAAAAAAUAAUAAUCUGAAUAAACAUAAAGUUUUCUCUGAUUUAUCUAAAAUAUUGAAUCGUUCUAAGCAUUCAAUCUGGAUGCAUUAUGAGUUUAUUAUAAAAAAGCGUAAUAUCGAAGAGGAGAAUAUUUCUAUAUUGAACCCAAUAUGGACAUUAUCAUUAAUUAAGAAAUAUAUUAAAAAAUUACUUAAAUUAACAUUAUGUGAUGACAUACAAGAAUUGAAAAAUGCUACUAUCCCAAAGAUAGUUUGGAAAGAGUUGGAAAAGAAAUUAAAUAUAGAUCAUAAAAUACUAAAAAGCUUUUGGGUGUUACAAUUACAUAUGCAGCUAUUUUGUCCAAAUAUCAUUUAUAUGAAUGAUGUUAAAAUACAAUUAAUAGAAUAUAUGUUUGAGAAAGGUAUAACAAAUAGCAAAGAAAUAGUAUGGUCAAAUCUUGUAAAAUACUUCGAUGGAAUGACUUCUUCGUUUCUAAAUAAAACAUUUAUAUAUCUCAUGAAGGAAUAUGAUGUAAAAAAAUAUAGAAGGAAAAGUUUUUUGGAUGCUAUAGAGUAUUUAUACGAAAAAAAAAUACCAGAAAUAAAAAAUCAUAAAUUAGAUAGAUAUUUACCUCAAAUUCAAUACACUAAUGGAAAUAUAGAAAUUUUUACUGAAGAGAAAAUGAAUAAACUGAAAGAAAAUGUGACAAUACAUUAA